GAUCAGAUGGUGCUAGUUACCUGCACGAGUCGCCGAGUCCUAUAGGAGGCACACAGUCCUGCAGCUUACUGUAGCUUUGAUCUGAACACGGGUGUGAUGGAAGGCGCUGCCGGCUCGGUGAAAGCCAGGUCUGGAUCUAGAAGUGCUGGCAAGGGCAGCUGUGAUGGCGGAGUCGCCAGUCCUAGCCCGGGGUGCCUCGGACUGACCGUAUGUGGGCGCAGCUCACCGCCCGGCCCGGACUUCCAACCGCAGUACAAGUUGGACGACUUUGACACUGUGGCCACCGUGGGAACUGGGACAUUCGGGAGGGUCCACUUAGUAAAAGAGAAAACGGCAAAGAACUAUUUUGCACUAAAAGUAAUGAGCAUUCCCGAUGUCAUUCGUCUAAAACAAGAACAGCAUGUACACAACGAGAAAUCCGUUUUAAAAGAGGUGAACCAUCCAUUUCUAGUCAAACUGUUUUGGACCUCGCAUGACGAUCGGUUCUUAUAUAUGCUAAUGGAGUACGUACCUGGAGGAGAACUCUUUAGCUACUUGCGUAACAUGGGACGUUUUAACAACAGCACAGGACUGUUUUACUCCACAGAAAUUAUUUGUGCAAUAGAAUACUUGCACUCCAAAGAAAUUGUUUACAGAGACUUGAAGCCUGAAAAUAUAUUGCUUGACCGAGAAGGUCACAUCAAGCUAACAGAUUUUGGAUUUGCAAAGAAGCUUUCAGACAGAACAUGGACACUGUGUGGCACACCAGAGUAUCUUGCACCUGAAGUCAUUCAGAGUAAAGGCCAUGGAAGAGCAGUGGACUGGUGGGCUUUAGGCAUCCUAAUAUUUGAAAUGUUGUCUGGGUUUCCUCCAUUUUUUGAUGACAACCCAUUUGGCAUAUAUCAGAAAAUUUUGGCUGGCAAGAUAGACUUUCCAAGGCAUCUAGACAUUUAUGUGAAAGACCUUAUAAAGAAGCUCCUUGUGGUGGACCGAACCAGAAGACUUGGAAAUAUGAAGAAUGGAGCAGAAGACGUCAAACGCCACCGAUGGUUUAGAUCUAUAGACUGGGAUGCGGUGCCACAACGGAAAUUAAAGCCUCCAAUAAUGCCAAAGGUAUCGCAUGAAGGUGAUACAUCGAAUUUUGAGGCGUAUCCCGAGGAUGAUUGGAACAAAGCUCCUCCAGUACCUCCUAAAGACCUAGAGAUGUUCAAAAACUUCUAACUGGAAAACUAGAGAAAGAACAAAAACAACGUUAAAAAAAACUUUGUGAAUAAAAUGGAAAUCCACUGUCAUCCUUGACAGCCGAAAUCUCUGUACAAAGAGAAGAUACCUCUGUUAGACAUGCUUAUGAUCAAAAACAUGACAAGCCAUGGCCAUUUUUAAUUACUGAAUGGCGCUGGACAUUUGCAGAUAAUACGCUUCUUAAACGCAACAUGACCGCAAAAUCCCAUGCAUUCCAGUGCAUAUGGUCCUUAGUACUAGAGCAUGUGAUGCUGAUGUGGAAUAUGUAGCUGACCAUCAUUGCGUUUUGUGUAGUGUCAGUUCAAUUUUGAGCUCAUUUAUAGGCAAACAAAAUGCAAAUUGUGACUAAGCAUUUCUUGCCAUUUCCAUUGCAAGUAGUUCAACAACAGCAGUUCUGAAAUGGGUAGUAAUAAUGAUGUAUUAUUUGUUCAAGAUUCUACAUUUAUGGGCUCACAUUAGAUAGGUGCUAAAAGGGAAUGUUUUCUGACCUCUGCUUAGGAAGUUUUAUGUUAUAAGAAAAUCAUUUUUUUGCAAUUUUUAGAAUAUUUGCAGGAUUCAUUUUCCCUUCCCCUUGUUUGUGUCUAAAAUAAUAUAUAUACAAGCCAGACAUUUUUACAGGCAAAAUACAAAAGAGUGCAUGUUUUACAGUCAUUAGAAGACCAUCAAAGUUCUUGCUAAAAUGACUGUACUAAAGUACUGUUCUUAUAUGAUAUCGAUACCUGUCACCAAGGCAAGUACAGUGCAUAGUGAGGACAAUUAUCAUCUAACAAAAUUGUUUCCAAAGGUCUCUAAAUGCAACUUUAUUUUGUUUUCUUAAUCUGGGAAGGCAGCUAACCUGAUCUCUUAAACCUGACCACCUUAGUAAUGUGUUGUCCAUGGCUGCCAUGUUGACUUGUUUGAAACCACUGUGAGCUAUGCUGUACA